AUGGCAAUCAACGCAAUCAGUGGUCCCGUGUCCAAUGGUCAGGAUCAGAGUGCCAAGCGGAAAGAGGCAGAGGUAGCCAAGGAAGCAGCUUCUGAGGAAGCCCCUGGGUAUGGUGACGGCGUAGAAUACUGGAACAAGAGGUACAGGGGCGAUCCCAAUCCCUUUGAGUGGUUGGAAAGCUUCACGGAGCUCGAGAGCCUCAUUAAGGAGGCCACGGCAGGCAGAACGGAUGCAACUGUGCUGCACGUUGGCUGCGGGAGCUCUUUGCUACCCGAAGCAAUGUACGACCAUGGGUACAAGGAUGUAACGAACGUCGACAUCGCAGAGGUUUGCAUUCAGCAGAUGGCGGAGAGGAAUAGGACCCUGCGCCCAGAGCUCAAGUGGUUCGAGAUGGAUGCCACCGAGAUGGGGCUGAUAGAAAGCAGCUUUGACACUGUUAUCGACAAAAGCGUCCUUGACACCUUCGCUUGCGGUGAUAAUGCCUCAAGCGUGAUCAACAAGUACCUGCUGGAGGCAAAGCAGAUGAUGGAGAGAUGUCGACCAGAAAAAAGGUUGAGAGCACUCUGCACGGUGGGUCUGGUGCAGCUGCCUUUGGUGGCACGGUGA